AUGAACAAUCUCUCCACCCUAGCCCCUCUGGAACUCUUCCCCCCCUCACCCAGAACUCUCUCCACACCUCACUCUCUGGAAACUCUCUCCCCCUCACCUCAGAACUCCCACCCCCCCUCCCCUCAGGAACUCUCUCCCCCCCUCAACAGGAACUCUCACCCCCCUCACCUUCAGGUGAACUCUCUCCCCCCCUCGACCUCAGGAACUCUCUCCCGCCCCACUUCUACCUCCUGGAACCUCUCUCCCUCCCCUCCAUCUCUGGAACUGUUGGUCAUCAGUUUCCUCAACGCGCUGGGCACAACUGACCGAAUCCCCAAAGACAUCAACCACUCGAGUGAAGGGUUUUGA